CUCUCUCUCUCUCUCUCUCUCUCUCUCUCUCUCUCUCUCUCUCUCUCUCUCUCUCUCUCUCUCUUUUUCUCUUCUUCUCCCUGAAUUGUCUCAUCUGUCUUCUUCCUUUGUCUCUCCUCUGAUAUACAUUGUGUUCUCCUUCUCAGAAACCCUAGAUUUCUCUCAAUCAAAUCUAGCUUUUCUCUUAGGGGGAGAUUUGAUUUUUUUCUCUGCAAGACUGUAACAGUAGGAGAAGCUACUUUCCUCUGUUUUCUUAAUUUCAAAUCUGCAAUCGUACUUUUUCGAGUUCUAUAAGUGAACUCAGAUUUUAGCUUUUUUUUUUUAGGGUUCAUAAGAACAAAUUGGAUUUUGAGCUCACAGUAUAAAUAACCCGACUUUGAUUACUGGGUAAUUUUAAAACCGCCAUUGUUGUUCUCUUUACUACUUUUGGGAAUUAGGGUUUAUGAUUUCUGGGUAUUAGAUUAGAUAAAUUUGUUUCCUUUUUUUGUUAAUCAAUUUAAAAAUCUCUUAUUUCUGUUAAAGACUUGUAAUUUUGGAGUUUUUAAUGCAUGGACGGAAGAGAAGCAAUGGCAUUUCCAGGCUCGCAUUCUCAGUACUAUCUUCAAAGAGGAGCCUUUACUAAUCUCGCACCUUCCCAAGUCGCGAGUGGGCUUCACGCGCCGCCGCCACAUACGGGAUUGAGGCCAAUGUCUAACCCUAACAUUCAUCACCCUCAGGCUAACAAUCCAGGACCUCCUUUCUCGGAUUUUGGACACACCAUUCACAUGGGAGUGGUCUCCUCUGCUUCUGAUGCUGAUGUGCAACCGCCACCGCCACCGCCACCACCAGAGGAACCGAUGGUUAAGAGGAAACGUGGACGGCCAAGAAAGUAUGGAGAACCGAUGGUUAGUAAUAAGUCUAGGGACUCUUCUCCAAUGUCUGAUCCUAAUGAACCUAAACGGGCCAGAGGUCGACCUCCUGGAACUGGAAGGAAGCAACGCUUGGCUAAUCUUGGUGAGUGGAUGAAUACUUCAGCUGGACUUGCUUUUGCACCUCAUGUGAUCAGCAUUGGAGCAGGAGAAGACAUUGCUGCGAAAGUUUUGUCAUUUUCACAACAAAGACCUCGGGCUCUUUGUAUAAUGUCAGGCACUGGAACCAUUUCUUCAGUCACUCUGUGCAAACCCGGUUCAACCGAUCGUCACUUAACAUACGAGGGACCUUUUGAGAUUAUAAGUUUUGGUGGAUCUUAUUUGGUGAAUGAAGAAGGUGGAUCCAGAAGUCGAACAGGCGGAUUGAGUGUCUCUCUUUCUCGUCCCGAUGGUAGUAUUAUUGCCGGUGGAGUUGACAUGCUUAUCGCAGCCAACCUUGUUCAGGUGGUGGCAUGUAGUUUUGUAUACGGAGCAAGGGCAAAGACUCAUAAUAACAAUAACAAGACCAUCAGACAAGAAAAGGAACCAAAUGAAGAGGACAACAAUAGUGAAAUGGAGACCACACCGGGUAGUGCAGCUGAACCAGCAGCAUCUGCGGGUCAGCAGACGCCACAGAACUUCUCUUCUCAGGGAAUAAGGGGGUGGCCCGGUUCAGGCUCAGGCUCUGGCAGAUCACUUGACAUUUGCAGAAACCCACUCACUGAUUUUGAUUUGACUCGUGGAUGAUAUACACUAUUAGUCUUUGAAGCAGCAGCAUACAAAAUGUGAUUGCUGUACAUAUGUUAUUGUAGAUUUCUCUCUGGGAAUGUUGAAAUCAGACAUUUAAGGAUUGAUACUAGAUCUCUCAGCUCCUUCUAACAUUGUUAAUGUAACAGAACCCUCCCACUUUCAUGCUAUUUUAGGAGAUUUUUUUAACUCUUUUAUGAUCUCAUUGUGGUCAUCAAGAACUUGGUUUCUUUACUAGUUCACUAUUUUUCUUUCAGGUUCUUUAACAUAUUUAGUAAACUUGAUUCCUCUUAUUUGGUAGACAAUGUGUAAUUC